AUGACCGUGAGCGGCGUCGGGCACUGUCGGCAGGUCGGGUGCCCGGAGUCCGGCAUCGACGCGGCGGUGCGAGCGCUGACCGACGCGGGGCAUAACGUGGGGAGGAUCGAGCAGCUGGAGUCCGCCGCGGAUGCGAAAGCGAGGGACGGCGCCAAGGCGGUGAUUCGCAGGGAGCUGACUUCGAUAUCGACGCCGACGACGCGAUUCGAAGCCGCCGGCGGCGGCGGCGGCGCGUUCGAAGACGACGCGCGUUUGAACCAGUCUCGGGGGGACCCGGACGCGGAAGCCGUCCACCUCCUCGCGGUCGUCGAGUGCGCGAAAGUCGUCGUCGUCGACGACGACGACGACGGCUCUGAGAAGAAGAUAUGGAUCGGGUACGCGUACUUGGACGCCGCCGCGGGGAGGGUAACCUUGGGCGCGAUCGAGGACGACCCGUCGAGGACGGCGUUGUCCACGCUGCUGUCGCACGUCUCGCCGAGAGAGAUUCUCGCGCUUCGCGCCGGCGCCGGCGGGACGGAAGUGACCGCCGAAAAGGGAGCGUUCCGCUCGAUCGCGUUAGGCGACGCGGCGAAGACCGCGAUCGCGCGAUGCGCGUGGCGGCCGAAGGUCACGCGCUUGACGCCCGGGGAGGAGUGUCCCGCGACGUCGUCGGACGCCGAGGCGCGGUUCGACUUUAAGGCGCGUCCCGUACACUGGUCCCCAUACGACCGCGUUGGCGUGGUGAACGCCGAUCCUUAA